UGCUCUAUGAGAAAUUCCACUAGAAGAUUGAUUUAAACUGUGUCCUACACAUGGUACAGUGGUGUUUCUAGCCACUGUACAGGAGAAAAGUGCUUCCUGUCUUCACAAAGAUGACACACCUGGCCAAUUCCAGCAAAAGAGAACAGGUCAUACUCAUACCCCUCAUAGCAAGAGGUUGUGUUCCAUUUAUAACCCUAAACCAUGAUCUCCUUUCUGGAGAGUGAUCAUUCUCAGUGACUGAGAUAGCCCAGACAUCAUGGAUUCCCACUUCCAGCCCUUUAAAGGAAAUCUCAGUCCCAGGUCAGACGUAACGCUGAGCUCAGAGUCCUGCGGUCAUCCCACAUUACCUGUCUAGACUAUUCCCCUCCUGCCUCCUGCAGACAUGACAUGGUCUAGGACUGUGAGUGGAGGUGUCUGGACUACAGAAGAUUCCCACGUCAGUCAAGGGUCUGUGUUGCAGUAGAGAGCCCCGACUCUAGAGUCAGAGAGAACUGGGUUUGAAUCCAGCUUCCAGGACUCAAAGGCUGUGAAGCCUUCCAUACCUUAAUCUCUGCGAGCCUCCAUUUCCCUCCUCGGUAGCACAGACAGUAAUUUCCACGUGGCAGGAUGGCCAUGUGACCCCGUGAUCAUGCAGUAGGCGCUCAAAUCUUCUUUCUGUUCCAGUGGCACCAAUGCAGGAUUCCCGAGCAUGACUCCAUCUGUCACAGCCUGGAGCACCGCACUCACAUCAAUCAGUGGAAGUGAACAAACUUUCAGAAUGGAGACCUUAAUCCUGGAAUGGCUGACACUCACCAUUGCCCUGCCCGGGCUGGCGGGAAACGCGGUGGUGCUCUGGCUGCUGGGCGCCCGCAUGCGGAGGAACGCCUUCUCCGUCUACAUCCUCAACCUGGCGGCCGCCGGCUUCCUCCUACUCUGCUAUUACAUCCUCGAUGCCCUGGAGACACUCAUCGAGCGCUUCUGUUUCAUCUCCAUAUCCGUCCCGGACUUUUUCCUCACUGUGUCCGUCUUUGNUGCAGGCCUGAGCAUUCUCAGCGCCAUUAGCACAGAGCGCUGCCUGUCUGUCCUGUGGCCCAUCUGGUAUCGCUGCCGCCGCCCCAGACACAUGUCAGCCGUCGUGUGUGCCCUGCUCUGGGCCCUGUCCCUGCUGCUGAGCACCCUGGAAGGGAACUACUGUGGCUUCCUCACUA